GCUCUUCAGAACCCUGACCUUGUUGAAGCAAUAAACUGUACCACGGAGCCUGGUGGCAAACGCUAGGUUUUUGCACUAAUAGAGGCGCUCCUAGACAGAGAUUUUAUUCAGAUGCUGAUUACCCUAUGGGCGAUCUUGUAUUCCCGGCGUCAACCUCUGCAUGAACAUAUCUUUCAAAGUCCAUAUGCCACGCACCAUUUUAUCUUCAAGUAUAUACACGAGCUAGAAGCAUGCAAGCCCAAGACCACGAGUAUAGUAAUUAAGUACUGGAACUUUGAUUUGAGCAAAGCCAAGAUGGCUCCCUCCGCCUCAUGGGAUUGCCAAAAUUAGGGUUGACGCCCUCAGGUACUAUGGGUUUCUUCUCGGCAUAUUGCCGGUUGGAGCCACACCGCCCGCACGCCCACACGCUGGCAAUGCAUGCUGGCACGCCACGCCCUGUUGGCAAAAAAAGGAGCACUUUAGCGAUUGAUUUAAUCCCUAAGCAAAUCAAGAGCAUGACAAGCACAACAUGAAGCUCAUACCGAAACGUAAACAUGUGAGCCCGGACAAAAUAUAGAAUCGAAACAUUUAUGAACACAACAUAUAGCCGGCUAGCACAUAAACAAGAAAGUAGGGGAUGAUCGAAUCAUACCCUCUAGUCGGCCACGCCGAAGCAGAGGCCGCAUUAGCGACUGUGGCUUCUUCUUAGUGGCGUAGUCGAAGCCGAGGAUGAAGACACGAACAAACCAGGAGGAGUCACACUGAGACGGUCCCUAAAAACCUUAUCGCCCUUCUCCCGGUGAAUGAUCUCAAAGGACAGGGUUCCGAUGUCCUGCUUUCCUGUUCGGCCGCACACGCGGUCGACAUGAUGAAAUUGCUGGAGGCAACACCAAGCUUCGAGCAGUGGAUGACUGCUAGGGCUGUGCGAGGAGGAAUGAGUUGGUUCGCCAUCUGGCUGGUCAACGCCUCCUAUAUAACAGCAAACAGGGCGAAAAUUGUCAGCGAAUAGGGCAUUAGGGGCAAAGAAGCCAUCCACCAAUGUCAAAUGGCCGGGUGCCCUGUUGCGGUUGAGCACUUGAUGGGCCGAAAUCACUGUUCUGACCUUGUCAACGUUUAUAGUCACAAACUGAACUCGACGCGAAAGUAUUUCGUGAUUUGACCCUUUUAGAAACGCCAGGGUCCGCGGCGUUUCCACCCAACAUAGAAACGCCAAGCAAGCUAAAAGGGUCAAAUCGUGAAAUACUUCUCGGGUUCAGUUUGUGACAAUAAACACUGACAAGGUCAGAACAGUGAUUUCGGCCCACUUGAUGACCCUUGAAAUCGAGAGCACGCACUUCCGCACGCUCCGCGUCUGCAAGAACCGCUUGCAUCAUCGCCAUCUCAUCCGUGUAGUCCUCAUCGUCGAACGACUCAACGUAAUGCUCGUAUAUGUAGCCAUCUCAUCCGUGUAGUCCUCAUCGUCGGAUGACUCAUCCGGAUUCAUUGUGUCAAGGAAGAAGGGGACAAAAACAUUAGCACAUGCAUUUCACCGAACACUUGCCGGACAUGGUGAGUACAGUAGGGGCGGAUGAUAUCCGUGCGGCGGACGGAGGAGAGGUGUACUACAAAAAUCGUCUCGAUCGAGGCGACCCACGAGGGCCGCUGGGCUGGGCAGAGAUAACGUAUCUUAAAGACUAGUUGCCAUCGAUCCUCUUAAAAUGUACUAGUAUGUCAGUCCAUUUGCAAUUUUUUUUCAGCCGAUGCAGUUGAGAUUCCCCAUUGAUAGCAUUUGGUAGGGGAACCAAGCGGUUGACCAUGGAGGUGUAGGCUAGGAGAAGCCAGAGGGAGGAAGGAGUGGGCUGAGAAAUUUAUUUUGAUUGGAUGAACACCAAUGUGCUCUCGUCUGAAGGAACUCCACAACCACAGGGAGAUCUAAUGGAGACUCCAGUCUGCGCUUUGGUGGACGCCAUGUUCAGACUUCCUGCAAAGCUCGACAGGUUACUGGUCAGUCACGGCCACAUGCUGCCCCGGGGGGCGGUGGACGAGAUACCUCUCAUCAAGCAAGAUCUUGAGAAGAUUGUAGCCAUCCUCCAGGAACACGGCGACUCGGGAGCAGAGGACUGUUCUAUGACGGUCAAUUGCCUGACCAAGGAGGUGCGCGAGCUGUCCUACGACAUGGAGGACACCGUCGACCAGUAUGAGCACGCCGCUGAUUCCAGGAGAGGAAUAUUAUCUCCUCGCCGCAAGAAGUACAAGAUCACUCGCGGUAGGAGCAAGCCCACAUCGGGGCUGCGGGAGAAGCUCAAGUGGCGUCUAUGGAUGGCCAACAAGAUCAUGGAGUUCAGUGUGCGCUCCCAGGAGGCGCUUCAGCGGUACAGCUUCUUUAACCACCUUGGUGACAAUGGUAGCAGUGCUGCUGCUUCUGCUUCUACUAGAUGUGAUGAUGCAUCUUUCCGCUCUUGGCAUCCCACGCCAUAUGGGGAGCUUGUCGGUAUCGACGAAAAUGUGAAUAAGCUUGAAGCGUGGCUGGGUAAGGAUGGAGAGCAGAAGCUCAAGGUGGUGUCUGUUGUUGGAUCUGGAGGGAUUGGUAAGACCACGCUUGUCAAAGAGCUGUACCGUAGAAUCAGAGGGCAAUUUGAGUGCCGGGCAUUUGUGCGUUUGUCCCGAAAGCCUGAUAUCAGGAGGCUUCUCAUCAGCAUGCUCUCACAAAUUCGGCCACACCAGCCCCCUCACACUUGGAAGGUGCAUAGCCUAAUUGCUGACAUCAGGGCACAUCUCCAACAUAGAAGGUACUUGAUCGUAAUUGAUGAUGUAUGGGCUACGCAAACAUGGGAUAUCGUUAGCCGUGCUUUGCCGGGUGUUAAUCUUUGCAGCGGCAUACUUAUAACUACAGAAAUCAAUGAUGUAGCUCUGAAAUGUUGUGGUUAUGACUGUAAAUAUGUUCUCACGGUGAAACCACUUAUUGACGAUGAUUCAAGCAAAUUAUUUUUCAGCACAGCUUAUGGUCGUCGACUUGAAUGUCCACCAGAACUUGGUGAACUUUCAAAGAGUAUUAUAAGAAAAUGCGCUGGUUUGCCACUAGCAAUUGUUACUGUUGCCAGUCUUUUAAGCCGGAUGAACAAACCAGAGCAAUGGGAUUAUGUAAAUAAAUCCUUGGGUUAUGGUUCGAGGACAAAUCCUACUUCGGAGGGGAUGAAACAAGUACUAAACCUUAGUUACAGCAAUCUUCCUGAGCAUAUGAAGGCAUGUGUGAUGUAUCUCGGUAUAUAUCAAGAGAACUACAUAAUUCAGAAGGAUGAUUUGGCAAAGCAAUGGAUAGCCGAAGGUUUUAUCCGUGCAACAGAAGAGAAAGACAAGGAAGAAAUAUCAAGGAACUAUUUCAAUGAGCUUAUCAGUAGCAGAAUGAUCCAACCUGUACAUAUAAAUGACAACGAUGAUGUUCUGUCAUGCAGUGUGCAUUAUAUGGUACUUGAUUUUGUCUCACGCAAGUCCACAGAAGAGAAUUUUGUCACCACAAUAGAUCAUUAUCAGACAACUGCAAGACUAGCCGACAAGGUCCGUCGACUGUCUCUUCACUUUGGUAAUGCAGAAGCAACACCACCAGCAAAUAUGAGCCUAUCCCAAGUUCGAACUCUUGCGUUUUUUGGGGUCUUCAAGUGUUUACCUUCCAUUGUCGAGUUUGGGCUUCUUCAAGUUCUAAUCCUACAUCUUUGGGGUGAUGAUGAGAGCAUUUGUUUUGAUCUCACUAGCAUAUGUGAGCUUUUUCGGCUGAGAUACUUGCAUGUCACAUCCAAUGUCACCUUAGAAGUACAACAAACCCAGAUCCGAGGUCUACAAUAUUUGGAAUCACUGAAAAUAGAUACAGGAGUAAGUGCAGUCCUAUCAGACAUUGUUCAUUUGCCCAGCUUGUUGCACCUCAGUCUUCCCGUUGGGACAAAUCUACUAAACGGUAUUGGUCAAAUGACAUCCCUUUGCACACUCGGAUAUUUUGAUCUAUGUGCUACUUCAGUAGAGAAUGUGCACAGCCUCGGCGAGCUGAAAAGUCUCUGGGAUCUCCGGUUCACCUGUUCAACAGUGCAUUCUUGUCAUCUAAAGAGCAAAAUGGAUAGUGUGGGCUCCAUUCUCGCGAAACUCAGCAAUCUCAGGUCUCUAACUCUGAAGCCUUCAAGUAUUCUGGAUGCUGGGCCUUCCAGCAUUAGCAUUUCGUGUGAUGGAUUGAGCAGUGUACCCUCUCCUCCGGCGUUUCUUCAAAGAUUUGAGUGGUCGCCAAGUAUUUGCACCUUCUCCAGCCUCCCAAAGUGGAUCAGACAUCUCGACAAGCUCUGCAUCUUAAAGAUUGGGAUUACUGAACUAGCGUGGGAGGAUGUUGAUGUUCUCAGAGGAUUGCCUGCGCUCACUGUUUUGUCGUUGUACGUCCGGGCAAAGCCCGUGGAAAGGAUUGUCUUCAAUAAGACAGGAUUCUCAGCUCUGAAGUACUUCAAGCUCUGGUGCAGUGUACCUUGGCUAGAAUUUGAGGUGGAUGCAAUGCCUAAUCUCCGGAAACUGAAACUAGGUUUUGAUGUCCAUGGAGCAGAUAAGCUUGGACCUGUUGGCAUCGAGCACUUGUCAAGCCUUAAGGAGAUCUCAGUGAAAAUUGGGGGUGUCUCUACCGAUGACCCUGAUAGAAGGGCUGCAGAAUCGGUGUUGAGUCAUGCCAUAAAUAUGCAUCCAACACGUCCCAUCUCCAACAUACAGUGUGUAGAUGGGAUGUUCACUAGUAAGGAUGAUAAGAAUAGUGGAGUAGAGCUGCAAAAACAAUAUAAGAUCAUCGAUGAUGACGCAGUUGAACAGAGUGUAGUCCUUCAAAUGGGCUCCAGUGAAGAUGCUCAGAGCAGGUGUUUGGAUAGGCAAAAUGCGGCGGACAAGCAGGUGAGGUGGAUGGAUAUCAGUGAGAAGACACAGGAGCUCAUCCCCAACAUUGAAAAGAAGGACCAUGCCAAGCAGGUGAGGAUGGAGGAGAUCAGCUAUCGGAUACAGGAGCUCGUCCCCAGGAUAAAAAAGGAUCGCGCAUCAGACGGAAGAAGCAUCGCUGAGCGGGUGAGGAGGACGAAGAUCAGCGAGCGGCUACGGAAUCUGCAAGGGCUCGUCCCCAACAUGGAGAAGCAAACCAACACGUCCGACAUGUUGGAUAUGGCUGUGGAUUACAUCAAGGAACCCCAGAUGAAGAUCAAGGCGAUGAAGGAAGAAGAGGCGAAUUGCACCUGCUUGCCGAGCAAGCAGAAGCACUCGCCGGCUGAUGAAGCUCAACCGCCGGUGCCCGGUGCAAAGCAAGCCGACGCUGGAUGAAGCAUCCGCGGUACCGUACCCCUAGCUAGCUAGUCUCUUUCCUUGUUUGAUUCUAGGCACCACUGGUAGUAGCACAAAAUGAGUAGCAUCAAGUCUGUGCCAGUGCAGGGUGGCCAUCGCAUGCAGAACAUCAAGGGAAGCACGAAACGAGAUCGAUCAAGUUUGUAUAUGCAAGCCGUUAGCAUGCGUGGGCCACAUGUUCCGCCAUUCUAUAUCCGUUGCGAUGCUGUCUUGUUGCCAAGUAAAUUUAAUACUUCCUGCAUAAAGAAAUGGCAAAUUUUAACA